AGCGAGCGCCGCGUCGGCGGCGUCGGCGUCGGCCGGGGAGGCCGCGGGGGACCCGGCGCUGUGCCGGCUGUACCGGCACGUCUCUCACGACUUCCUGGAGAUCCGGUUCAAGAUCCAGCGGCUGCUGGAGCCGCGGCAGUACAUGCUGCUGCUGCCCGAGCACGUGAUGGUGAAGAUCUUCAGCUACCUGCCCACGCAGGCGCUGGCCGCCCUCAAGUGCUCGUGCCACUACUUCAAAUCCAUCAUCGAGACGUUCGGCGUGCGGGCGGCCGACUCGCGGUGGAACCGGGACCCGCUCUACCGGGACGACCCGUGCAAGCAGUGCAAGAAGCGGUACGAGCGCGGCGACGUGUCGCUGUGCCGCUGGCACCCCAAGCCCUACCACCACGACCUGCCCUACGGCCGCUCGUACUGGAUGUGCUGCCGCCGCGCCGAGCGCGAGGCGCCGGGCUGCCGCACCGGGCUGCACGACAACAACUGGGUGCACCCGGCGGCGGCGGGCAGGAGGGACGAGGGGAGGUGAGGGAGGGAGGGAGGACGGACGGAGGGACGGACGGACGGAC